AUGGCCUGGGGAAAGCCUGGAACCGGCGUGGUGAAGUCGUACGCCGUGGAGUGGUCGACCAUGGAGCAGACGACAGCCAAGGCCGCGGAGCGAGUGAGGGACGAGCGGGUCUUCGAGGAGGAAGAGGAGGAGGACGAGGACCCCGUGUGCCCGCUCUGCAUUGAAGAGCUCGACGCCACCGAGAUCCAAUUCCGGCCGUGCCCCUGCGGCUACCGCGUGUGUCUGUUCUGCUACGAGCGAAUCAAGCUCGAGCUCAAAGGCAUCUGUCCCAGCUGCCGCUCGCCCUAUGGCGACCCGCAAAUGGCGGCGCCACCGCAGCCAACCGCAUCGGGUGCGUCGUCGGGUAAACGGCGGGGGUCGAUCUCUCGCAACGGCGACAGCAAGGCUUCCGAGCAGGGGGCGUCGAUCGCGGGAGCGUCGUUAGGAGUGUCGAUUCUGGGAGCUGGCGAUCAUCGCCACCAUUCGCGAGUGUCGCCCGCUCCGCCGAUACUCGCCUCGUCUGAAUUCCCGACUCUAUCGUCGUCGCCUCCUCUCUCAGUUCAACCCAGAAGAGGGCCGUCAUGGGAGAAGCCUCGUCCUGCCGUUCCACCGUCAGCCGCCCCACCAUUCCUGCCACCAUCAUCGUCAUCAGCAGCAGCAGCCGCAGCAGCAUCGUCAUCAUCAGCAACGUCGUCCUUAGCGCCAUGGGCAUCAGUCUCAACCACAGUCACAGCCACAGCCACAACCACAGCCACAGCCGCAGCCCCGCCAUCCUCGUUUCCGCCGCUCCUACCGCUCGACCCGCCUCAGCAGCCGGCUUCGCAGAGCCAUGUCGCUCCGAGUCACGGGACGCAGAGCCGCGCAGCUGCGGCUGCGGGCGCUCGGCGCUUAUCUUCCGACGCCCAUGCCGCGCCUAGCGUUGAAACCACCGCUGCGUCGUGGCCCGCGCUCAAGACAGAGCCAGCUUCGACAGCCGCGCCUGUGUCCGCCGUAUCGAGUCAGGCUCAAACGGGGAAGUCUGCGGGUAGAGACGCACGGAAGGAGCCCAGCGGGGAGAAGGGGAAGGAAGCGGGGAAAGCGGGUGAGGGUGCCAAGUCCGCGACGGUCGCUUCUGGGGGUUCUGUGCCGGCGGGUAGGAAGCAACAGCCUCCGCAAGCCUCGGGUGGUGCUGCGGCGGAUGCCGCCGUUCGUUCUUCCGCCAAGGCGUCGGCUCGCACUGUCAGUCACCCGCCCGUGCCUGCCGGCUCCGCCCCUCGCGUGUCCGCCACCGCGUCUCACGAGCCGGCGCGCGACGGCGGCGCGACCAGCGUCGGCAACGGCGGGGCCACGAGCAGGAGCAACGCGAGGAACAGCGCCACCGCCACCGGCGGCAGCGGAAACGGCAACGAUAGCAGCAGCGGCAGCGGCAGUGGCAGUGGUAACGGUAGCGGUAGCAGCAAGAGCAGCGGCGGCGGCGGCGGGCGCAGCAGGAGCAGCAGCAGCGGGAGAGGGAGCUCGUCGGACGAUGAGAUGGGGUUCAGCCUGAGCGACCAGCUCGCAGAAAUGCUGCUCAACAGCCCCGGCCGUGCCGAGCUUGGUGCUUCCGCCGCGCAAGCAACCGCAGCAGAAGCUGGUGAGGUGAAAGCAGUUGAAACGCAGAGCUGCGCAUGCGAGAGCAGCGUGGUUCGGACAUCGGUCCCUGAACCUGCCAGUUCUGUUGCGCCCAAGCCAUCCACGUCGGUUCCGUCUCUCCAGAGGAUUCGGGACGCCGCGUCACCGCACAGCACCGAUUCAUCCAUCCCGCUCGCCUCUGUCGGCCCCCACGGCAGCAUCUCCUCGCCGUCCUUCUCCACGUGGCUUUCGCCGCACUCCACCUCCUCCGCCGCUACCCUCUCCAAACCCAUCCUAUCCGCCGCUAACGGGAUGGCUUGUAACGGGAUUGCUGUUGCGGGCUGGGCGUCGUCCGGCGGGAGCGGGCUGGAGCGGCUGCAGCAGCUGCACGCGCUGCAGCGGCAGCUGCAGCAGGCGUUCGUGGGCGUGGGAUGGUCGACGGACGAGAUGCAGCGCGCCAGUGAGAUCGUCGCCGCAGCGAAGCAGUCUCAGAGCCGCUUCUCGGGUGCCGCCGCAGCAUCAGCUGCUGCAGCAGCAGGAGCGGUUGCGCCGGCUGUAGCAGCAAUGGCGCCUGCGGCCAUGAUGACUGUAGCACCAGCAGCAGUUACCACAUUUCCCCUUUCCGCUACCCCCGCUGCUCCUUCGUCCGCCGCUGCUCCUAAGACCGCCCCUUCCAAGCCUGUCACUCCGCCUCCCGGCUUCCGCCCUCCCGCUCCCCCUGGCUUUGCGCCCCUGUCCCCGCCUCCUGGGUUUGGCCCGUCCGCGGGCGCCAAGAAGGCGGACGGGGGAGCGGGCGUGCUGGGGCAGGCGGACGUGCAGGCGCAGGCCGCCACCGCAGCAACCGCCACAGCAGCGCGGGCUGGGUCGGGGCUAGGGCUGUCCGGGUCGACCGGGAUAGCAUCCUUUGGCGCGGCGGGUACAGCAGCAGGAGGGGGGAAUCUGGGCGUGCAAUCGGUGGAGUCAGCAGCAUGGGGGUGGGGGGCGUCGGGAACAGUUGCUUCCGCCUCCGCCUUGGGUGCAGGCGCGUCCUCCUCUGCCUCGUUUGGCUCGCCGCUGCUGACCUCUCGCUACUCCAGCGCUGCAGGUUACACCACCACCAGUGCAGCAGGCUAUUCCGGUUCUGCAGGGUAUACUGGUGCUGCAGGGUAUUUCUCAGGGUAUACCAGCGCUGGAGGGGUGUCUGGGCGGAGUGGGAGUGAGGUUGGGGCGGCAGGGAGUGUGGUGGCAGCAAGAGGGACGUGGUGUGGAGGGGAUGCGGAUGCUGCAGUGGCUGCUAUUGCGAGCAUCUGGGGGCAGGAGAACAGUGCGACGGCUGCUGUGGGUUCCACCAAGCUGGGGGGUGCUGCAGAGAGCAGCAAGUGGCAGUUGGUGGGGUCAGGUCUGCAGUCCUUCACGGGAGGAUCUAUGUCCAUCCCCAUGUCCUCCUCUUUCCUUGGAGCCUCCAUCUGGAGCAAUGGGAGCAAUGGGAGCAACGGCUCCAUGCAGCCCUCUCAGCCCUCGCAGCCUGGCAUUUGGGGUUCCUCGCCCCUCGCUCGCUCCCCCUCCCCUCAGCUUGCAGCAGCUUUGUCGUCUACUGCGCCGAACUUGCAGGGUGGAGGGGCUGGGGCAAGGGGGGCGUGUGCACCGCUCUUCCCUCCUGGGAUAUCGUCGGUGUCUCUUGGGCAGGGCAUGGUCGCCGGGUCGCUGUUCGCCAUCCUCGUCGCCGUCGCUUUCCAUCAGCACCACUUCUCCACCGUCGCUGAGAUCCAAUCGCUGCUGCAAGAAUCAAGGGAUCAAGCAGCGGACGUGGAUACGGCUUUAAGAGACAUCAAGAGUUUGCUCACCAACCCUUCCAGCAAGUCGACAGGCACACAAGCCAGUGGUGCUCACCUCAACCAGCAAUGCAUCCUGGCCGUUGAUCGCGGCAGCAUCAACGCGUCCCUGCUGGCCGACACGUCAUCCCCGGAUUAUCUGGAGGACAACGCCAAGCACCUGCCGUCAUGGCUCUCCUCGCAGCUUAUCAACCAGCUGUACGCGCAGCGCCAUGGCUACACCUUUUACUCCAUAGAAGCCAUCACGCCCAUGCUCAUAAGCGAAGGCAUCGACCCCAACACCAUUAACAGGAUCGCGUUCAUAAACCGCCAGCUGGCGUGCUGCUGUCGCUGGGUGCUAGCCCUGGUAGACGGAGGAUACAUACGUCUGGAGCAGCACAGCCUGCCCGUGGAGCACUGGCUCGCACGCCUCGCCCAGCCCGACACCUUUGAGUGGAUCACGCGGUCGGGCAUUGACAUGGCCAACCAGACCUGGUUCCCCUCCGACCCUGCCCACCUGGUGGCGGAUGGGAAUUCGGAGCAGGAGAGGAGGGGAAGAGCGGAUGAGCGGCAGGAGAAGCAUGGUGGGGGCGGAAAGGGGAGGUGGGGAGGGGAGCAAGGGGCAGCAGGGGAGGAGGAGCGGGAGGGAGGGGAGGGGAAGGCGCGGCCGUUGAUAGGGCUGGUGGGGCGGUCAGGGGAUGGGGUGUAUGGGCUGGCGGGUAAGGCGGGGACUCUGUUUCAUGAGAGUGUGCCGUUUGUGGGCAACGCUGCAGUGCUGCUCACACACAGUGGGGACACGUUCAAGUUCCUGUCGCUAUGGCAGGCCAAGUCAGCAGCACUAGGGUGGGACUUCACGGGCCUGCAGGCGGCAGUGAGGGAGUUUGCCACCCAGAUUGCCAUUGUGCCGCACCUGGAGAUGGGCGGCUUGCACAGCCGCGCUAUCCGGUACGCGUUUUUUGGAAGCAACCAGGAAGAUGCUGAGAAGGUUCUUGCAACGGCCCUGCUGGCUGCGGUGAAGUUUCACCAGGCAUGGAAGGACGGCAACGGUGAUGCUGAUUGA